UUUUGAGUGAGAUAACAUCCCAAAGCAGUCGUAUGUCCGCAGAUCGCAGAGCUCCCACAGCCACAGCAUCACAUCCGGCAGCGGGAGCAGCCCAAGCGCUUACUACAAACCGCGGCCGGCCACCUCCGGCGCUUCGAUGGCCAAACUAGCGUCGCCGCCGUCGCCACUGUAAUCUACACCCACCAUAACCUCCUGCUCCAUCGCCACCAUGCUCCUCAACACCCACCUCCACCUCCCCCGUCCCUCCACGGCUGCUCAAUACCCCAAACCAACCGCUUCCAUCCCAACCCACGUUCCCCUCCCCAUCCCACGGGGUCCGCUUGCUCGCCGCGCUCAUCCGCCACUCCGGCAUGUCGCGUCACCGGCGGAAGAAGGGUCAGGGGAGGGAGAGGGGGAGGACGACGGCGGGGAGGAGGACCUGGGCCCCGCGUCGGCGGCAGCAGUGGCUGCCGUCAUUCGCCGGGCCUCGAGCGUUUCGCCGGUGCGGUUCAGGCGCGUGCGGAGAAGGGAGGUCGGGGAGGAGCCGUGCGGCGAGGGGGGCGUGGCGGAGCCGAGCGCUGACUUCCGCCGCCUCUGCGCGGAGCAGCUGGAGAUGUUCCGGUUGGUCGUCUCCCGUGAAGCCGUACUCUCUGUGUAUGUAAGACCUGCUGGCACUUAUAUCAUGGAUCAGCUGGAACUACGUCAAGUUGCUUCCUAUCCUGGAACUAAUGUUCAUGAAAGAGAUACUGUGUUCCUAGUUGGUAAUUUUUCUAUAUCUGCGGGACUACGAGCAGCUGAAGCUUUUCUAGUGAAACAACAGAUGGAAGUUAUAGCAGAGUUUGGAGCUCUAGUUCUUCCGAUGGUGAAACAUCCAUUUGUUAUUGGCUUCCUAGUUGCAGAACUUCCAGAACUGCAUGGUGGACGUGCGAUGAACUCUCGUACUACUGAUAUUCAGUUACCAUCUAGCACAUUCAUGGAUGAGUCAUCUGACGUGACCUCAUAUGCUAAAUUUGAAGCCUGGGAUUUUAAAAUUUCUGGUGAUCAGGCGAAUAAUUAUUCUCAGCUUGUUAAUGUAUGGAAGAACAGUGCUCUUAUGAUUUCUCGGACUUUGGCAAUGGCAUAUGUCAUGGAUCAGAAAGCAUAUCUGCUUCAACAAACUUCCUGGCAAAACAAUGUCAGAAUGAGUGGGUUAGUAGAACAGAUUUGGGGUCCCCUAUCUAAUAUACGAGCUCUUGCAAAGAUGUUAUCGGUUCAUACAAAGAGAAGUGAGAUUCCAUAUGAUAUUGUUGAAGAUAUUCUCAUCCAAGGUGAUUACUUAAAAGAUGCGUUGCAACAGAUUCAAGAUGCUGUGUAUCUGACUAAGGCAAACAUAGUUAGAAGCAGUGACGAGACUCUAAAGAAAAUCCAGGGGUCAUCACGUUCUUCGGAAGCUUUAUUGGAUUAUGGAUCAGUACCUGGGAAUAAUUCACAAAAUGUUAAUCCAGUGCUGGCUCUUAAGUCAGAUGAGGAUGACAUGGUAAUGCCCAUGCCACCUCUUUGGCUGGCCCCUCUUCAGCACCAAGAUGCAAGACCAUGUGAGCUCUGUGAUGUGCUGAAGGAUUUAGUAGCAGGAGCAUUACCACUUGCUUAUAAGCAGCAGCGCACAUUAGAUGUAACAGGAAUUUCACAUCCACUCCAAGUUGCUGUCGAGGAAUCUGCUUUAAGACAAGCCUUGAGCAAUCUCAUAGAGGGAGCUCUUCUACGUACGCAGCAUGGUGGAAGAGUUCAAAUAUAUGCAGGUGAAGCAUUUGCAGGAGGUGCUCUCGUGGUCAUUGAUGAUGAUGGACCUGACAUGCAGUACAUGACCCAGAUGCAUUCCCUUGCCCCAUUUGGUUCAGACCUUCUUGCGGACGGUAUGCUUGAAGAUAACAUGACAUGGAACUUCAUCGCAGGAUUAACUGUUGCACGUGAGAUACUUGAGAAUUAUGGUUGUGUUUUGCGUGUGAUAUCGCCUCGCAGACCUGAUGCAGUUAUAGGCACUGGAGGGAGUCGUAUUGAGAUAUGGUUGCCAUCUUUACAGACAGAACUGACUUAAUUUGAGUACUUGAGGUCAUGCUUAGUUGAUAUGAUGGUGACAUCGAGCCCUAUUUUUGUGUGAAAGUGUUCCAAGGAGCAAAGUGAGAUUUAUGGAAUUACCUUAGAUUCGAUCACUGAAGGAUCAUUUGAGCAUCUUUAUUGCAACUUGCAAGUGCUGCAGAUGUCUGUCUUCUAGUUAGUGAUUUAUGAGGCCAAUGUAAAGCAGAUGCCCACUGCCCUGUUGGUUACCGUGGUCAAUGGUGAUCCUUCCGUUCAUAUUAUUUUGAAUGGCGCUCACGUGUUUCGAGGUUCAAAAUUUUUGAACUUUUUUGAUAGUCCAACAGUAUAUUUGUUUAGUAACACAAGAGUGACAUCUUUAUUUAGAUUUGUAUUUGAAACUAA